GAGAGAGGCAGGAAAAGUUUUUUCAGAGGAAAAUGCAGGGUUUGUCCUUAACUCUGACGUCAGAUCUUGCUUUAAUAAAACCCCCCCAGGGCUGUGGGAAGAGGCAUAUCUGCUGCUCCUGAUGGGCCAGGCCAGUCUCUCGGCCCAGCUCCCCGGAGAGGCGGCCGGAACCCUGGAGAGGCUGCUUGGUAGAUGCCUUUGCCCCUGACUUCCAGGCAUGAGGUGGUUCCUGCCCUGGACGCUGGCAGCAGUGACAGCAGCAGCCGCGGGCAGCGUCCCGGCCACGCCCCCGGCCUUCUCUCCAGGCUCCACGGCCAUGGCUUUCACCCCAGUGCCACUGGAAGACACAGCUUCACGCCCCCAAUUCUGCAAAUGGCCGUGUGAGUGCCCACCGUCACCCCCUCGCUGCCCGCUGGGGGUCAGCCUCAUCACAGAUGGUUGUGAAUGCUGUAAAAUGUGUGCGCAGCAGCUUGGGGACAACUGCACAGAGGCAGCCAUCUGUGACCCCCACCGGGGCCUCUACUGUGAUUACAGUGGGGACCGCCCGAGGUACGCAAUAGGAGUGUGUGCACAGGUGGUCGGCGUGGGCUGCGUCCUGGACGGGGUGCGCUAUACCAACGGCCAGUCCUUCCAGCCCAACUGCAAGUACAACUGCACAUGCGUGGAUGGCGCGGUGGGCUGCACACCCCUGUGCCUGCGCGCGCGCCCCCCGCGCCUCUGGUGCCAUCGUCCCCGGCGGGUCAGCAUCCCUGGUCGUUGCUGCCAGCAGUGGGUAUGCGACCACGAAGCCAGGAGGCCACGCAAGACAACACAGCGCCACACUGGUGCUCUAGCGGCCACAGGUGAGAUGGAGUCGUGGCACAGGAACUGCCUCACCUACACAAGCCCCUGGAGCCCCUGCUCUACCACCUGCGGCUUGGGGGUCUCUACCCGGAUCUCCAAUGUCAACAGCCGCUGCUGGCCUGAGCAAGAGAGCCGCUUGUGCAGCCUGCGGCCCUGUGACGUGGACAUCCGUCCGCACAUCAAGGAAGGGAAGAAGUGUUUGGCCGUGUACCAGCCAGAGGCACCCAUGAACUUCACCCUCGCCGGCUGCAUCAGCACACGCUCCUACCGGCCGAAGUACUGUGGGGUCUGCACGGACAGCAGGUGCUGCAUCCCCUACAAGUCCAAGACCAUCGAUGUCGCCUUCCAGUGUCCCGAUGGGCCCGGCUUCUCCCGCCAGGUCCUGUGGAUUAAUGCUUGCUUCUGCAACCUGAGUUGUAGGAAUCCCAACGAUAUCUUUGCUGACUUAGAGUCCUACCCUGACUUCUCAGAAAUUGCCAAUUAGGCAGACACAAAACACGGGGCUCGGGGCCUGGCCCAGUGUUUGCAAGCCAGCCAGCCCUCUGAGGCCCACACUUGAGCCCUCUUCACCCACUUCCCACUGACUUCUAACUAUCCUGAUCCAGAUCCUUGGCCCCCUGUCCUGUCUCCAUCUACCCGAAUAUCCCAUGCUGCAUACACACUCCAGAAAAAGUGUCCAUCUCCAAAGAUUCUGGACAAAACCCAAGCCUGUCCAAGUCACCGGAAGUCUUGCCGGAUCUCGCCGGAGUUCCGAGGAACAGCAUCAGCGAGGCACUUAAUAUCACUCAUUUCCGUUCUCGAUCCCGAGCCAUGAGACUCUCUGGGUCUAUUCAGAAGGACAGAUGGGAUGUAGGACCCUGGACCAGUCUAUCAUCUGAGCCCUGCCAAGGGGCACCCUAACAGACAGUUCUGACCAUAGCCCACCCACGGAGCUCUGAUUCCGAAGAUCUGUGCACCCUAAAGUCACCAAAUAUUUGCCAAGUGUUUGGUUGUUUGGUUUUGAAAUUUAAUGGAAAAUUGUGUUCAUUAGCCUAGGUUUUGUGGAGGUUAAGUCUGUCUUCGUCCCUGCCCAGUAAAGGGUAAAAAUUGGAUUCAUUUUGGUCAGAAAUGCAAUUUAAUAACUUUCACUCUUUUUCAUGGGAAAAGUCUCUAGGGUCAGAGCAGGGUCAGCUCAUUUUCAGAAGUGUCGGCCCCUAGCAAUGAAUCUGAUGCUCAUCCGCAGGACAGGGACAGCCGGCCAGCUCGGGCUCGCAUCCACGCCCUCUCUCUGCUGGGGGGCUCGUGGGAGUUGGUAGAGCCCCUAGGAUGGCCCCUGGGGCCCCGGGAAUGGCUUCCGGGAGCAUUUCUGCUCUUGCAGAGCCCUGGGCGACCCCGUCGUUGUCCGGGCCAGCCCAACUUGAAAUAACCGACAUAGUUAUAGGCUGGAUGUGGCUCAAACCAAGAACUGGAGCCAACUCAGCACGAGCCUGGGAAGCCAGAGUCGUCGGGUCACCCCCCUCGGCGCAGGACACCUCUCUUUCUGCCACAGGGACCCCUUCCACAGACUUAGGGUCUGUGGACCCAAACAACCCAGUUCUGGUGUGAAGACAGAGGUAUACCAGUUGUUUAGAAACAGAAAUAUAUUUUAACAGGAAUCAAAAGCCAAAAAGGGGUUGGAGCUAAAACAGAACAGAAAGCUGUUAGGAGUUGAAACGAGGUUAUUAUUUAUGUUAUUAGUAGAAUAUAAAUAUUUACUGUUCUCUUUCUUUUAUUUAGUACCUUUUGGGUCCCAGACCUAGUUCUCAGUGCUCUCUGUGCAUUAGUUCCUGGAGAAGCUUUGCAAUGCUGAAAAGUGCCCAGUAUUAUUUCUAUUCUCACAAAUGUGAAAUGGAAGCCCAGAGAGGUAUGGAGCCUUGACCAAAGUCGCCUGGCUGGUGAGAGAGGGAGCGGGGAUUCUAAUCCAACUCGAAAUGACUUUCUAAGCCACGUCGCUGUCGCUGCGUGUACAGCUUCCAGACGUGUCGAGCGGGAAAGUAUGUCGGCAUCACCGACUUCACGGUCUCCUUUCCUACUCUUUUUACUGUCUCUCUGGCUCCUUUUCCAAGAGAAGAGUAUCUGACUUUCUGAUAUUUUAGGUGCCUGAGCAUCCAAAAAUAUAUGGGCUAGACAAAACCCCAUGGAUUCCCUGCCGAUUCCACCCCCCCCCAAAUCAGAACCAGCUCUCAUCGUGCAUUUAAAAGAUGAUUUUGUCUACCCAGUGCUGCUGAUGAGGGAUGUGUAAGCUGUUCCUCAGGGAAUUCUGUGUGGUGUGCAGAGGGAUUCUGGAGGAGGACCAAGGGUGGGAAUGGGCCCGCCUGACUGUACCUCCCACAUGCCCGGUCCAGUACAAGGCAUACAGUGGUGCUCAACACAUAUUUGAUGAAUUAAAAAAAACCUUGUAUGUUUUCCUACUUUUACUCAGAGGCUUUCUUCUUCCAAAGGUACAUGCCAGUCUAAUUUUCAUCAGCCAAGUCUUAUUUUAAGCGCCAUAGGGAAAGAGGCAUUUAAUAUUUAAAGAAAGGUAUAUUUUUAUU